UGAAAGCUAACGUUAGCUCGCUGCUAAGUUCUCAUCACCACUGUAUUUACAAGCGAGCCUUUAGCUUAGUUAGUCUUCUCACCGUCGCCAUGAAUUGACACCGACCUGUCGAAGCCCCUUCAGAUAAACGUCUCGUGGCUGGUUGGACAGAGAGGAGUCAGGCAUGUACGCCUCUGGUAAAUACAGUUCCCGGGGGCCGGCUCUUAUCCCACGGAUGAAGACCAAGCACCGCAUAUACUACAUCACCCUCUUCUCCGUGGUGCUGCUCGGACUCAUUGCCACUGGGAUGUUCCAGUUCUGGCCUCACUCUAUUGAGUCCACCGCUGACUGGACCCUGGAUAAACGCAGUGUUCAUGAUGCACCUCUGGUCCGCCUCCCUGUCUCCAGUCCCAUUCCUGAGAGGGGUGACCUCAGCUGUCGCAUGCACACCUGUUUUGACGUGUAUAGAUGUGGCUACAAUCCCAAGAACCGUAUAAAGGUUUACAUCUACCCUCUGCAGAGGUUUGUGGAUGAACUGGGGGUUCCCAUCAGCAGCACUGGACUGUCACGAGAAUACAAUGACCUUCUUAGUGCCAUCUCUGACAGUGACUUUUACACAGAUGACGUCACCAGGGCUUGUCUUUUUAUUCCAUCCAUUGAUGUGCUGAAUCAGAACUCCCUGCGUGUCAGAGAGACUGCCCAGGCACUGGCAAUGCUACCUAGGUGGGACAAAGGAAUGAAUCAUCUACUUUUCAACAUGCUACCUGGAGGUCCUCCAGACUACAACACUGCUUUGGAUGUGCCCAGGGACAGAGCACUGCUGGCUGGUGGUGGUUUCUCUACAUGGACCUACAGACAAGGUUAUGAUGUCAGCAUCCCAGUUUACAGCCCCCUCUCCGCUGAUGUUGAGCUGCCUGAGAGACAGCCUGGACCCCGGCGCUACUUUAUUCUGUCCUCUCAGACUGCCAUUCACCGAGAGUACCGUGCUGAACUAGAACGCUUGAAGGAAGAAAAUGGAGAGGCACUGCUCCUUCUGGACAAAUGCAGCAAUCUCUCCCAGGGAGCUGCCUCCGCACGUAAACGAUGCUACAAGGGGCAGGUGUAUGAUUACCCACAGAUCCUGCAGGAAUCAUCAUUUUGUGUGGUUUUGAGAGGGGCUCGUUUGGGUCAGGCUGCCCUCAGCGAUGUGCUUCAGGCUGGUUGUGUCCCUGUCAUCCUUGCUGACUCCUACAUUCUGCCAUUCUCUGAAGUACUUGACUGGAAAAGGGCAUCUGUGGUUAUUCCAGAGGAGAAGCUCUCUGAAAUGUACACCAUCCUGAAGAGCAUUCCUCACCGACAAGUGGAAGAGAUGCAGAGACAGGCACGCUGGUUCUGGGAGGCCUACUUCAGCUCCAUGAAGGCGAUUGGCCUGACAACGCUGCAGAUCAUCAAUGACCGCAUCUACCCGUAUGCUGCACGUACUUAUGAGCAGUGGAACAAUCCACCUGUCGUGAAGUGGUCCAGUGUGAACAGUCCUCUGUUCUUGCCACUUAUCCCACCAAGAGCACCUGGGUUCACAGCAGUGGUGCUCACCUACGACCGCGUUGAGAGUCUCUUCAGGGUCAUCACAGAAAUCUCCAAGGUGCCUAGCUUGGCUAAGCUGCUGGUUGUGUGGAAUAACCAGAACAAGAGUCCUCCUGAGGAGUCUCUCUGGCCAAAGAUCGGUGUUCCUCUUAAAGUUGUGCGAACAAAGGAGAACAAGCUGAGUAACCGUUUUUUCCCCUACGACGAGAUCGAGACAGAAGCUGUGCUGGCAAUUGAUGAUGACAUCAUCAUGCUGACAUCUGACGAACUGCAGUUUGGCUAUGAGGUAUGGAGGGAGUUCCCGGACAGGCUGGUGGGCUACCCAGGCCGGCUGCAUCUCUGGGACCAUGAGAUGGGGAAGUGGAAAUAUGAGUCGGAGUGGACCAAUGAGGUCUCUAUGGUUCUAACAGGAGCUGCCUUUUACCACAAGUACUUCAACUAUUUGUACACAUACAAGAUGCCAGGAGACAUCAAGAACUGGGUGGAUGCCCACAUGAACUGUGAGGAUAUUGCUAUGAACUUCCUGGUGGCUAACAUCACAGGCAAAGCUCCCAUAAAGGUGACCCCCAGGAAAAAGUUCAAGUGUCCAGAGUGUACUGCCAUAGAUGGACUGUCACUGGAUCAGACACACAUGGUGGAGAGAUCUGAGUGCAUUAACAAGUUUGCGUCGGUUUUUGGCACAAUGCCUCUGAAGGUGGUGGAGCACCGUGCAGACCCAGUUCUCUAUAAAGACGACUUUCCAGAGAAGCUCAAGAGCUUCCCCAACAUCGGCAGCCUCUGACCAGCCUGCAACAGAUGUUUGGACCUCGUCACAGCCUCAACUCAUCAUUUGCCACCAUCACCAUCAUCUUUUCUACCAAGAUAUCAGUAUUCAGACUGAACUGGUAUAUCACCUCCCAGUUUAGUCAACACUCACAUUUCCACUGAUUUGGUUUAAAAUAUAAAUUCUACACUAAUCUAAACACUAAUGUUACAUGAACUGCUGUUGGAGUGUUAAAGAGAGGUAAAGAUUUGAUGGACAGACUGACUGAUUGGAGGCUUGUGGUCCCUUAUGGUUGCUGUUUUGGAGCUGGAAACUUUGGGCUACAGCUCCUCUGGAAUCAGUGUAUACAGUGUAUAUAUACUAUACAUAUAUAUAUAUAUUUUGCAGCAGUGCUGUUUAAUAGUCAUAAUUUAUGAUGCUAUCGCCAGGAUUUUUUUUUCUUCAAAGACUUGGACAUGGAUCUGAAUCUUUUGGUUGUAUUGUAUGACAAGAAAAAGUAAUACAUGUUUAAUUUACAUGAUAUGUAGUUUAUGAUUCAGCAACAUAUCUAUGUUGGGUUUAUCAAAUGUGAUAUAACACAAUCCACGGUGGCCAGCAGAUAAUGUACAGUAAAUGGUUCACAGGAGGUCAGUUUUACACAAUCUGAUGGGACCAUUAGACAAAGCUAGUAUCAUAAGUCUAAUAUUUAGAGUUGAGCAGCUGCCAGUUUAAUAAAAUAAAGUGUUGCUGAGCUACUGUAACAUCUUCAAUUGUAAGUUGAUACUGCCGAGGGAAGCCUUUCUUUAUAUUUAUACAUAAAAAAGCGGCGGUGCUAGUGCAGUGUCCCCUGACUCAUGCCUUGAGUUGAAUUGUGCAUAUGAACACUGCAUUAAUUAUUUGUUUGCCAUGCAUAUGAAGUCAUACUGUAUCAAUAGACAAAUCUACAUGUUUUUCAAAACAUUGUAUAAAGCAACUGUUGCAAUGCCUGGUCUUUUUUUUUUUUUACCAUUUUAUUGUAGCUGUUGCGUGUGUGUUUAUAUUGUUUUGUGUCCCCUUCAUCAUUAGAUGUCAAAGCUCCCCUGAGUAGGUUAUAACAUGGAGAGCAGUGCAGUCUUCAGAUGUUAACAUUUUCCUGUGUUGUUUUUAUUUGCCUUUUUUCAUUUUCAUAAGGUCAGUUGAAAUUGUUUUAAUUUUUUGCUUGUGACUGAUUUUAUGUAUCCAUGACUUUUCAUACAUGAUAAAUAAAGACCACACUUAAGUGA